AUUUUUUUUAUAGGCAGCACUUUUUUUGAGCGCAGUCAGUUUGAAUUUCAAAAUUAUGUCAGAUGGGAACAACACACUGCAAAGACCAAUCUGGCCAAAAGCAGUGGGCACCGGUAUAGCCGUUUCAUCAAUCGGAGCGGGAGUGCUCGCAACUUACCUUUUUCUAGCAAAAUUCAGCGGCGUUUCGCAUGCAGUUCAGAUAGUCUGGGCUACAGGAUCCGUUGCGUAUUCUGUUACAGCAUUCUUUUUUCUUAUUGGCAUUUUGAAGAGAAUUCGAUGGCUGACGUUACCCUAUAUGUGUAUGCUUCUGAUGGCCAUUGCCGUGUAUACCAUGGUCUUUGAUUUCUUCAUCCAUAAUCUGGCAUUUGCAGUUUUCGCAGCCGUCACUAUUAGCUUCGUUUUUCUUGGCUUGGCCCUGCACAUCGCCAGGGCAGAUGAAAGAGUUACUACUAGUAGUAGGCCUAGUAGAUCUACGGAUUGAUCUUGUCAUAAUAUUGGUCGCAGUUGUGUAGUUUUUUCGUAAUUCCAUUGCCGAAAUUGCCAACAAACUGAAUAAAGCUUACAAAAUCGAA